AGGAUGAAACGAUAGUCAGAAGGCGGAAUACAAAGGAAACUGCUAAGGCAACAACAAAAGAAAAUGAGAGGGAUGCUGAUGAUGAAAGUGAUGAGGAUGAUGGAGAGAGUUCCAGGAGGAAGAAAACAAAUGAAAAGAAAAAUCAGAAAGCGGGGGAUGAUGUUGAUGGAGAUGAAGAAAGUGAAAUGGAGCAAACAGCAAAAGGCAAGAAUAAGGGAGGAAAAACUGUUUCCAGCAAAGAGCAAAAAGAUGCUGCAAACAAGAAAACAAAAGGGAAGAAGAAGAAAAAGAAAAAUGCAGAUGAGAGUUCUUCCUCAUCUCCCAACUCCUCAGACGAUGAGUCUCUAUGCGAAGAGGAACUGGCCAAGCUAAAGGAGCAAGUGGAGGAGAAGAAGAAACUCAUUUCGAUCAUGAGAAACAAACCCUGGCGGAUGGCAAAGAAAUUAGCUGUGCUGAGGGAGGCUCAAGCUUUUGUUGAAAAGUUUGAAGGUGCCUUGGGGAAAGGCAAAGGAAAAAAGUUGUAUGCCUACAAAAUGAUGAUGGCAAAGAAAUGGGUCAAGUUCAAGAGAGAUUUUGACAAUUUUAAGACACAAUGUAUACCAUGGGAAAUGAAGAUAAAAGAAGUGGAAAGUCAUUUUGGGUCUUCAGUGGCCUCCUAUUUCAUAUUUCUACGUUGGAUGUAUGGAGUGAACUUGGUGCUGUUUGGCUUGAUAUUUGGAUUAGUUAUAAUUCCAGAGAUAUUAAUGGGAGCACCAUAUGGAAGCAUACCAAGAAAAAUUGUACCCAGGGCUGAGCAAAAAACUGCCAUGGAUUUCUCUGUUCUUUGGGAUUUUGAGGGCUACAUUAAGUAUUCUGCUGUUUUCUAUGGCUACUACAACAACCAAAGGACAAUUGGCUGGCUAAAGUACAGGCUACCAAUGGCAUAUUUCAUGGUUGGUGUUGUCGGUGUAUAUGGAUACAGUAUAAUGGUUGUCAUAAGAUCAAUGGCCCGGAAUGCCCAUGAAGACACGGGCGAUGGGGAUGAUGCGAGCUUCAUUUUUAGCUGGAAAAUGUUCACUAGUUGGGACUACCUCAUAGGCAACCCAGAGACAGCCGACAACAAGUUUGCAUCCAUUACAACUAGUUUCAAGGAGUCAAUUGUGGAUGAGCAAGAAAGCAACAAAGAUGAGAACAUCCAUCUGAGAAGAUUCCUGAGGGUUCUGGCCAACGUACUUAUUAUAUGUUGCUUAUGUGGAAGUGGCUAUCUUAUUUACUUUGUCGUUAAGCGCUCCCAGGCCUUUUCAAAAAUGGAAAACAUUGGCUGGUAUGAAAGAAAUGAGGUUGAAAUUGUUAUGUCCUUGCUAGGAAUGUUUUGCCCUCCGCUGUUUGAAACCAUUGCAAACUUAGAGGAGUAUCAUCCUCGGAUUGGACUGAAAUGGCAACUUGGACGCAUUUUUGCACUCUUCCUUGGGAACCUUUAUACUUUCUUGCUGGCCUUAAUGGAUGAUGUCAAAGAAAAGCUGGUUGAAGAAGUCAGCAUCAGGAACAUAACACAUUGGACCCUCCUAAAUUAUCAUAAUUCAUCUGUGGCGAAUGGAAGUGCUGUUUCUCUACCUUCCAUGGAUCCAGCCGAUGUCCCUCGAGGACCUUGCUGGGAAACCACUGUGGGAAUAGAAUUUGUGAGGCUCACUGUGUCUGAUAUACUUGUGACAUUUGUAACCAUACUUGUGGGAGAUUUCCUCCGAGCUUGCUUUGUCAGAUUUGUCAACUAUUGCUGGUGCUGGGACCUGGAGGCUGGAUUCCCUUCAUAUGCUGAGUUCGAUAUUAGUGGCAAUGUGCUCGGUUUGAUCUUCAACCAAGGAAUGAUCUGGAUGGGAUCCUUUUAUGCACCAGGACUAGUCGGCAUAAAUGUGCUACGUCUAUUAACCUCCAUGUAUUACCAGAGCUGGGCUGUUAUGAGUAGCAAUGUUCCCCAUGAGCGAGUGUUCAAGGCCUCCAAAUCCAAUAAUUUUUACAUGGGGCUCUUGCUGUUGAUCCUGUUCCUAAGCCUGUUGCCGGUUGCCUACACCAUAAUGUCCCUGCCUCCCUCCUUCGACUGCGGACCAUUCAGUGGGAAAAAGAAAAUGUACGAUGUAAUCCAAGAGACCAUCCAAAACGAUUUCCCACCCUUUGUGGCCAAGAUUUUCGGUUAUGUGGCAAAUCCAGGACUAAUUAUACCCGCCAUUCUACUUAUGAUCCUUGCUAUAUAUUACCUGAAUGCUGUGGCUGAAGCUUAUCAACAUGCCAAUGCGGAACUGAAGAAGAAAAUGCAAAUGCAACGUGAAGAUGAGAAAAACAAGAAGAAUAACAAAGCUUCCACUAAUCCCGCAAUGCAAGAUUUGGAAGACUUGCUUGUUCCACGUGCAAAGGCCAUGGAUGGACCCAAACCAACAGAAGAUAACAAGCCUGAGUCUGCCAACAUUAAAAACACUCCUGCAAUGAAGGAAGAGGCAAGCACCACCAGAAACAGUAAUCCUGAGAACCCUGUAAGAGGAGCCACACUCCAGCCUCCUGUUGUAGUGACUCGGCCACCAAGCCCAAGAGGUGGGCUGCCUAACCAACCAAGACCAAAUCCAAAGGUGCCACAACCAAGGGGACCACCCCCUGGAAUGGGGAGGGGCAAGACUCAUUAACUACCAUUAAAAAACAAUUCAUCUACGUGCACUGGAAAUGUAUGCUGCACAUCAACUCCUGCAAGUAGAAAUUUUACACAUCCACAUUUGAGGUCUAAAGUACGUCACCGUCAAAGUCCAUCAUAUAAAAACAGCCUUCUGUGGUCACUUCUCCAAACCCCCUUUUCCUUUUGGGCAUAUGCAGUGCUUAAACCAUCAGGAACAUGUCUUUUUUGAGGUGGGUUCAGAAUGAGCAAUGCUAAGACAACAGGUGCCCCAUUUAUUCUUUUAUUCCCCUUCCUUCCCUCCCCCUCCACCUUUUUAUGAAGAUUACCCGCUCUGGGAUCCCACAGCUAAUUCUCCCCUGGUCUCCUCGCUGGCCCAAAUAGGACUAAUUUAGCCAGCUAGCCCUGGUGAUUAUCUAGUGUUUAUUGGAUGGAUUUUCCCCCUAAAUUGAUUUUUGAAUUCUGAAUUUAUUGUUAUUCACGUUUUAUACUG